AUGCCACACGCAGAUGCGCUCAGCAGAAUCCCAUAUGUAGCUGCAGUGGUAACAUUGCACGAGAAGAUCAGCCAGGCGCAAGAAAGAGAUGAAGACCUCAAGGCUAUAAAACAGCUGAUUUUGACAAAUGGCCAUUAUAAUGACUAUUAUGUGGAACAAGGAGUGCUUUACAAAGGUGAUCAGAGACAACUGGUGGUUCCCAAGCUAAUGGAAAAAGAAGUAAUCAAGGAAGUACAUAGCAAUGGUCACUUUGCUAUGAAGAAAAUGAAAGAAGCAAUAAGCAAAGAUUAUUUUAUAAAGAAUAUGGACAGAAAAAUCGAAAGAGUGAUUACCAGUUGCAUACCGUGUCUGCUAGCAACCCGGAAAGAAGGCAAACAGGAGGGAUACUUAAACCCUAUUGGAAAAGAAGGAACUCCGCUGCAUACUUUGCAUCUGGACCACAUUGGACCGCUAACUGAGACACGAAAGAUGUACAAUCACAUACUUACAGUAGUCGACGGAUUUACUAAAUUUGUGUGGCUGUACCCCACAAAAUCAACGACUAGUGCAGAAGUAAUAAGUAAGCUACAGUUGCACCAAGAUACGUUUGGAAACCCUGUACGUAUCAUAACAGACAGAGGCACAGCUUUUACCAGUGGAGCAUUUAAGAAGUACUGCGAAGAGGAAGGUAUACAGCAUGUCACCAUUACAACCGGCAUACCAAGAGGAAACGGCCAAGUAGAGCGGGUUCAUCGGAUAAUGAUACCCAUGCUAACGAAGCUGUGCAUCGAAGACCAGUCACUAUGGUAUAAACAUGUUGGAUGUGUGCAAAGAGCAAUCAACAGUACUUACCAGAGAAGCAUAGACACCACAACGUUCCAACUGCUCACUGGAACCAAGAUGAAUUGCAAGGAGGACGUAGAGAUAUUAAACUUGCUACUCCAGGAAACUAUAGCGCAAUACAGUGAAAGCAGAGAAAGUUUAAGGCAGAAGGCCAGAGACCAAAUUCAAAAGAUACAGGAAGAAAAUAGAAAUACCUACAAUUAA